AUGCUUCUUGGUUGUGCACUAGCCGGACCAUUAGGUAAUGGAAAAACAGAAUUAAUUAGAGAUCUUGCUAAAGCUAUGGGCCUUCUUUGUAUUGUUACCAGUUGUGAUGAAGCUAAAAAAAUGGUAACAUUAUAUCGUUAUGCAUCAGAAGUACUUAGUAAACAAGGUUUAAGAAGUUUUAAAUCUGUUUCAUCAAUGACAGGAUAUUUAAAACGAACAUCAAUGAAAGAAGAUCCAGAAGAAAUUGUUCUUUUAAGAGCAUUCCGUCAUAUGAAUAUACCGAAAUUUAUUUAUGAUGAUGUUAAUUUAUUUCUUACAUUAUUAAAUGAUUUAUUUCCAAAUAUUCAUUGUCCAGAAAUAUCAUAUAAAAAUGUUAAUCUAAUUAUUAAAGAAAUAUUAAUCAAACCACAAUAUAUUUUAGUUUCAGAACAAUUGAUCCAACAAGGUAAAAGAAUUUAUUAUGAUUAUCAAAAGAAAAGAUUUUAUUUUGAUUUUAGUGGAGGAAAGACAGUGGUGUUAAACACUUUGGCGGAAGCACAAACUCGAAUGGGAAUGAAAACAAAUGGGUAUCCAGUUCUUUUUAAAGAUGUUGAUGAAUAUAUUGAUCUAAUAAUCUUAGAUAUUUUAUCAAAAAAUAUUCAAGGCGAUUUAACUCAUCAAUAUGUUAAAUUAGGUGAUAAAUAUAUUGAUAUUGAUAAAAAUUUUCGCAUGUAUUUCACAUGUCGUUUAUCAAAUCCAAUAUUAUCUACUUUACAUUUUUCUUAUUCAAAAGUAAUUAAUUAUACAGUAAUAUUAAAAGGUCUUAAAGAACAAUUAUUAUCUUCACUUGUUAAAAUUGAAAGACACAAUAUAAAAAUUCUUGAUCAUACAGAAUUAAUUGAAACAUUAGAAAAUACAAAAGUAAAAGUCAAUGAAGUUAUACAAGCAUUAAAUUUAGGUGAAAAAAUUCGACAAGAUAUUGAAAAAUUAUUUGAUACAUAUAGAUUAGUUGCUAGACGUGGUGCUGUACUUUAUUUUUUUUUCUUUAGUUCAAAUGUCAAUUAUUAA